AAGGACAUUCUGAUUUGUUCCGUAUCUCCUGCACCAUGAGUCAUUUGGAGCGUACAGGCUGGUAUUGGGGAGCACUUACCUCAAUCGAAGCACGACAGAUUCUGAAUCAAACCACUGAAGGCACAUUUCUAAUCCGGGAUAGCUCCAACCCAGAAUAUCUUCUGACUCUUUCGGUCAAAACAAGCUCAGGACCUGCACACCUUCGUAUUGAGUACAAUGAGGGAAAGUUUGGCUUUGAUUCAGUGGUUUUGGCAAAACCAAAGCUCAAGAAUUUUGAAGACGUGGUUGAUCUUAUCCAGCAUUAUGUCUUGUUGUCUAAAAGUACCCACACUGCACAUGACCAGUCACUUACGCCAGUGACUAAAGAUACAGUGAUUCACCUGAAACUGACUAAGCCCCUGUACAUUGCAACGCCUUCAUUGCAACAUCUAUGUAGGAUUAUAAUCAAUAAAAGUACUAAGGCAAUCCAAGAACUUCCUUUGCCCACUAGAUUAAAGGAAUAUUUAUUAGAAUAUCCCUUCCAUUUGUAA